GUAUUUAACCCUUGCUCAGAAAGUAGUUCAGGCACGCAUGUACGCACAAGCUUUGACUAUCAUUAUGGUACUAAUGACAGCAGGUUUAUCUAUGUCUCCCAAACAGCCAAAAAAAAUACCUGCUGGAUCAGACUACUGGAAAGAAAUGGUUGAAGCUGAAGAAAGAAAAAUGAACAAAGUCCAAUAA